CCGCAGUCAGGCUGCUGGCCCCACCGAGUUCCUGGGCAAGUGGCCACCGGUGGCUAGUACGAAAUGCGAGCUCUGCGAGCUCCUUGCCGCCUCUGCUUCUCAAGUGCCACAGGCAGUAGAGAAACAGCUGAAGAUCUGUGGCUUUAAGAAGAAUGUGGAUGUCUUAGUAUUAUAUCUGGCUGGACAGGGACUAAGAAGUAUCCCAAGUCUAUCAUGGUUUCAUAGGUUAAGGUAUUUGUGGAUUAACAACAAUAAGAUUCAAGAUUUAACUUUCUUGAUCAAAAACUAUUGUUUGACUGAGCUCUAUCUCAACAAUAAUGAACUGACAGAUAUAUCAGGUGCUCUGAAACACUUACGAGCCUUACAGAUUCUGUUGCUUCACAACAACCAGUUAAAUAAACUUGGCAAAACAGUGAAGGAAUUGAAAGGAAUGAUAAGCCUGCAGACCCUAAACCUGUUCCAUAACCCUUUGGCACAAGACCCAGACUACCGGCUUUAUGUGAUAAACUUCCUUCCUUCAGUGCAGCUCCUUGACAGGAAGCGUUGUGAAUUUGGAAACCACAAAAAGAAAGCACCAUUUGAGAACCCUGAAGAUGCUGUUUUACUACGGGCAAUGAAAAGAUCUCUAAUGGAAUUUUCCUGUGUUGACUGGAACGAAGUAGCCACCUGUCAAGAAAGACGGCUUGAGAACAAAGCAGAAGAACCCUGUGAGAAGCUGACAAUCCAAUUUAGAUGA